UUCAACCAGAGCCAAGCACACCGGACAAGGCUGCCCAGGAGUCGUCUGUAGCCUUCAUCCCACCCAAUCCCUCUUCGGACGCUCGUCCUCCACUUCUUCACUUUUCCUCAUUAACAGCAUACUGGAGGGGCGCUUGGCAAAACUCAAACCAAAAACAGAGAAAGGAGAGGGAAGAAAAGAAAAAGAAUUCCAUGAACCCGUUUCGGUUCUCCAGAGUUUGUGAAGGGUCGUAACCAUGUCGGAGUCGGGGGAGAUAAGUGAAUUUGGCUACAUCAUGGAAUUGCUAGCUAAAGGCAAGGUGACUAUUAAGAAUAUCGAAAGAGAGCUCAUUUGCCCAGCAUGCAAGGAGUUGUUUACCCACCCACUGAUUCUCCCUUGUCAACAUAGUAUCUGUCAUAAAUGUGUAAAAGAACUCUUACUGACUCUUGACGAUUCAUUCAAUGAUGUGGGAUCAGACAACUCCAAUCAGAGCAGUCCUCGACUUCGGCUUCCCUCUCCUAGCAUGGAUAAAAUUGACAGAAUUAACAGACCAGGCUGGAAGCGCAAUUCUUUGACACCUAAGACAACUACUUUCCCUUGCCCUGGCUGUGAACAUAAUGUGGAUCUUGGAGAACGAGGAAUCAAUGGUCUGUUUCGAAAUUUCACUUUGGAAACUAUUGUUGAGAGAUACCGGCAGGCAGCUAGGGCAGCUACAGCCAUUAUGUGUGACCUUUGUAAACCACCACCUCAAGAAUCCACAAAAAGUUGCAUGGACUGUAGUGCAAGCUACUGCAAUGAAUGCUUCAAAAUUUAUCAUCCUUGGGGAACAGUAAAAGCUCAGCAUGAGUAUGUGGGCCCCACCACUAACUUUAGACCCAAGAUUUUAAUGUGCCCAGAACAUGAAACGGAGAGAAUAAACAUGUACUGUGAAUUAUGUAGGAGGCCAGUUUGUCAUCUUUGUAAGUUGGGUGGUAAUCAUUCUAACCACCGUGUAACCACCAUGAGCAGUGCCUACAAAACCUUAAAGGAAAAGCUUUCAAAGGAUAUUGAUUACCUUAUUGGUAAGGAGGGUCAGGUGAAGAGUCAGAUUUCUGAACUGAACUUGUUAAUGAAAGAGACAGAGUGCAACGGAGAGAGGGCUAAAGAAGAAGCAAUUACACAUUUUGAAAAACUGUUUGAAAUUCUAGAAGAGAGGAAAUCAUCUGUUCUGAGAGCAAUUGAUGCAUCUAAGAAACUAAGAUUAGACAAAUUUCAAACUCAAGUGGAAGAAUAUCAAGGACUUCUAGAGAACAAUGGGCUUGUGGGUUAUGCUCAGGAAGUGCUUAAGGAGACCGAUCAGUCUUGCUUUGUACAGACAGCAAAGCAGCUCCACCUAAGAAUACAUAAAGCUACAGAAUCUUUGAAGAGCUUUAGACCCGCAGCUCAGACAUCUUUUGAAGACUAUGUUGUUAAUACAUCUAAACAAACAGAACUUCUUGGAGAAUUGUCAUUUUUCUCUAGUGGCAUAGAUGUGCCUGAGAUCAAUGAAGAACAGAGCAAAGUUUAUAACAAUGCUUUGAUAAAUUGGCACCAUCCAGAGAAGGACAAAGCUGACAGCUAUGUUCUUGAGUAUCGGAAGAUUAAUAAAGAUGAAGAAAUGAUGCCCUGGAAUGAGAUAGAAGUGUGUGGCACAAGUAAAGUUGUCUCUGAUCUUGAGGAAAACUGUCACUAUGCUUUCAGAGUGAGAGCUUACAAGGGUUCCAUCUGUAGUCCCUGCAGCAGAGAACUGAUUCUUCACACUCCUCCAGCUCCAGUUUUCAGUUUCCUCUUUGAUGAAAAAUGUGGCUAUAAUAAUGAACACCUCCUGCUGAACUUGAAGAGAGACCGGGUAGAGAGUAGAGCUGGAUUCAAUAUUCUCCUGGCUGCGGAACGUAUCCAAGUUGGCUAUUAUACAAGCUUAGACUAUAUCAUUGGAGACGUUGGAAUUACAAAAGGAAAACACUUUUGGGCCUUCCGUGUGGAGCCGUACUCAUACCUGGUGAAAGUAGGAGUUGCUUCCAGUGAUAAACUACAAGAAUGGCUCCAUUCUCCCCGGGAUGCAGUUAGUCCAAGAUAUGAGCAAGACAGUGGGCAUGACAGCGGAAGUGAAGAUGCCUGUUUUGAUUCUUCACAACCUUUUACAUUAGUUACUGUAGGCAUGAAGAAAUUUUUUAUUCCCAAGUCACCUACUUCUUCUAAUGAACCUGAAAAUAGAAUUCUUCCCAUGCCAACAAGUAUAGGGAUUUUCCUGGACUAUGAUAAAGGCAGAGUGAGUUUCUAUGAUAUGGAGCAUAUGAAGUGCCUUUACGAGCGCCAGGUGGACUGUUCACAUACGAUGUAUCCAGCAUUCGCAUUAAUGGGCAGUGGAGGAAUUCAGCUUGAAGAACCCAUCACAGCGAAGUACCUGGACUACCAUGAAGACAUGUAGUUGAAAUAUCCAGUGUGACUGGGAUGAAAAGUGUUAACAAAGGAACGCCUUGAUGUUAGCCUUUGUAACUAAUUAGAUAACAUCCAAGUCUUGGUCACACACUUGUUUUUUGUGUCUGAUUCUUCUUAAAACAAAAAACAAAAAAACAAAAAAAACAGAAAACCUAAACAGCCUUGUCUCUUCCAUGUUACUGUUCUGCCUUUCACAAAUGACAGAGUGAAGACGUUCUUUCCUGGUUAAUAUGGAAUGGUUAACUUUGUAACUGGAUCAUCUUUCUCUUUAUGUACAGGGAAUCUAAUUUAUUUAUAUCAGCUGGUAUUGCUUUUUUGGGUGGGGAAGGGAUACAAAACUAUUUAUUAUGUUUUUUUUGUGUGUUUGGUUUUUCAUUUUUAUAUCAUGUUUAUGUCUUAAGAUAGUUUUAAAUGGCUGUGGGUAGAAAUGAGUACUAAGCAGUGUGUCUUUCAUUUGAUUUUAACAAAUUAUUUUUUAUCCAUCUAAACAAAGUUAUAGAUAGAUAAAAAGAAAAAGACCAUAAAAACAGUAGCAUAUUUAAGUGGAAAAUUAUAUAUUUCAAAGUGUAUUAAUAGCAUGUAGCCUGGAAAAUGAGUACUGCUGGGUUUUUUGUUUUUGUUUUUUAAAGACCACAAACUGUAUUGAUCAGGACAUCUGAAAGAGUUCCUUUAGCUGUAAUGCUCAUUAACUAGCAUGUGUAGUAAACAUGAUGUCUGAUAGGAAACAAAAAGUUCUUGGCUAACCCAUGAAACUUUUCACGCAUAUAAUUUUUUUUCAGAAAAAAUUAUCUUCAGUUUUUCUUACUGUAUGAAAAUAUUUGUGCUUACAUUAAAGAAUUACAUUAAAUAUUUCAGAAAUAUUAGUGAAGAUGGACUGUUAUUACAGUCAUAAUUAUUUUUUCCCUCCAAUUGUCUUGUGAUUUUCAUUUUAUGACACAACUAUUACAUAUCAGAUUUUCCUAGUUUACGAGUUUGAAAAAGUUCAUGAUAUAUUUUUAGUAGCAUUAAAUAUAUUGCAAAAUGUGGAGUACUAAUCGUUCAGUUGUAUGGCAUUUUCUAUGGCUCAAUGUUUGGUAAUGAGUGUUUGUAGUAUAAGCAAGUAAACAAAUUUAAUUGUUAAGGAAUAAUUAAUUACUAAAAUCAUAAUGACUGUAUAUAUCCGUUUAAAAUUUGCAAUUUAUUUUCAUUUGAACUACAUUUUCUCUCAAUUAGAUGUUCGUUUUUGAAAGAUAUUCUUUUAAAUAGGUGAUUUUUAUUUAAGCUGCCUAUUUUUUUAAGUUAAAAUGUUCAGAAACUAAGACGGUCAUAUAUUUUAGCACAGAUCACUUAUGGAAUACUAUUAACAUAUUUUAAUGGUGUAACCAAAACUCUUGGGGUCUGUUUCUAUUUUUAUUUUUUAGUGAAAAAAUCUCUUAUUCAGGCUAGUAGCACUAAGUAGAAAAUAUAGUGGAGAAUUUAAUAGUCUUUGUUACUCUCUCAUCUAUGAAUAGCACUUUAUCACAUAGGCUAAACUAAGAAAAUAUGCAGUGUUAUGUGGAUCACUGUGCAAUGAAGCUGCUGAAGUUGUACGUGCGGUUAAGUUUGACACUCUUAAGCCUUGUGUAAGCACAUAUCACGUAGGCAUUUUUAAAUAUAAAGCUUUAAUAGGAAUAAGAAAGUCAUUUCAAACGUUGUAUAGUUAUAUAUAAAUUGUUCAGAAUUUCUUUCAUUUUUAAUAAAAAUUAAAAGAAAGUCAAGUGUAAUUAUUCAGAUCUGUACUUCAGGAAUUUUUAGUAUGUUUAU